AUGGGAGGAGUGGCUAAACAAGUACCAGAUGGCCUGACGGAGGUGGACAUCAUCAUUGCCGGAGGUACGCAUUCUCUCAUGUUCAAGAUGACGCUCGCUAACGAACUAGGUGGCACCGCCGGCUGCGUCGUCGCCUCAAGACUCAGCGAUGCAGACCCAAUUUUGUCCAUUCUCGUUGUCGAGUGCGGCCAGGAUAAGCGCGAUGACCCCACGGUCAACCACCCGAUCUUUUCCUUUGGCCACAUGGCCCCAGGCGGCAAGACGAUGCUGAACUAUCCGUCAAACAAGGAACCACGGACCGCCGACAGAGUCAUCAACACAGCAACUGCCGGUCUCCUCGGUGGCGGGUCGGCAAUCAACAUGUCGACCUACCAGAGGCCGCAAAGGUUCGAUUACGACUCCUGGAAGAUGCCUGAUUACAAGUGUCCUUCCGCUUUUGGGACCAACAUGGCUUACAAAAGGCAGAUUGAGUCAUAUCACGGCCAGGGCUCCUCAGACACCCAUGGGUAUGACGGGCCUCUUGAAGUCACCAGCCCAGCAUUCACCGUCACCAAGACGCAAAAUGACUUCAUCCAGGCAGCGAACCUGGUUGGGUACCCUGAAGUCAAGGAUCUGCAGGACUUUGACUCCUGCAACGGUGUCCAGCGCAAUUUGGCAUACAUCGGAAAGGACGGCAAACGCCAGGACGCAGCGCAUAACUACUUGUAUCCCCGGCUCGACGACGGAAAGCACCCUAACUUGCACGUUCUUGUAGAGCAUCAGGUCUCACGGAUCCUGUUCGAAGGCACGGCAGCAUCUGGGGUCGAGAUUCGUCCGAACCCACUCUUCCAACCUGACGGCAGUAUGCAGACCAUCAAGGCACGGAAGCUGGUGAUCGCAGCUUCUGGUGCCAUGGCGACGCCCUUGCUUCUCGAAAGAUCCGGGCUCGGUGAUCCGGAAAUCCUAAGCAAGGUCGGAGUCGAUGUUGUCGCUGACCUCCCUGGUGUGGGCACAAACUACCAAGACCAUCAGCUGUCCAUCUACGCUUACUACACCGGCUUGACGCCGGAAGAGACUGGCGACGCUCUGUUCGGGGGCCGAAUCGAUGUUGCUGAGGCCAUUCAAGCAAAGGCGCCAAUCCUCGGAUGGCAUCUCGCCGAUUCAGUCUGCAAGGUCCGCCCGACGGACCAAGAAGUCGCAAGCCUGGGCUCCGAAUUCCAGGAGGCGUGGGAUAGGGACUUCAAGCCCAACAAGGAGAAGCCGAUCGCUGUGUUCAUCCCAGUAAACAGCAGUUACCCCGGUUUCCCUGAGGGGCUACCUGUUGGUCAAUACUUUGGUGUCUCGACGUGGCCCACGUACCCCUAUUCACGAGGUCAGGUGCACAUUGCCAGCCCCAGCCUCGACGAUGCUGUCGACUUCCGCCCUGGGUUUCUCACAGACGAUCACGACAUUGAUCUAAAGAAGUCGAUGUGGGCGUACAAGAAGCAGCGUGAGCUAAUGAGGCGCACGAAGUUGUAUAGGGGCGAGAUUCAGAGCGCGCACCCCCCUUUCCCCGCCGGAUCGGCAGCUGCAUGUGCGCAGAUCGACGAGCCACUGCAAGAUGCAGAGAACAUAGUCUACUCGGCAGAGGAUGAUGCCGUCCUCGAGAAGCACAUCCGCGAAAAUAUUGGAGGGUGCUGGGAUCAGAUGGGUACUUGUAAGAUGUCGGGGCGUGAAAACGGGCCGUGUUGA